AUCGCCAGCUGUUCGGACGCGCGUGGAAACUGGUCAAUGUUUGUUUUUAAUUUCGAACGGAACGGAAUGGUCGCUGAAGAGUUUAUAUACUCUAUUUGCGUAUUUCGGAAGCCCUUUACUGUAAUAUAAAAGUUUGAGUGAAAUUCGAAUAUCACAAAACAAAAAACAGCAUUAAGUAAAAGUGCGCGAAAAAAUUCGGAAAACCCUACAAAGAGAUCGCCUUGCAAAUCAAAUUGUAAGCCCACGUAAACAAUAAAUAAUACGAAAAGUGCAAGACAAACUGUUGAACAUAUACAGUUUCGUGGGCAGUCUUUGAAGGAGAAGAGAUAUUCGAAGCUCGUGGGAUCUAAUAGAGUGUUUCACCGGGUCGGCGGGCCCUUCAUUGCGUUGGUGUGGCCGGCUUAUCAUCGUCAUUUGUUCGGCUGCAAUUUUAUUGAACUGCUCCGGUUUGGCCGGACCUAUCUUCCUACCUAGUGGAAGCUUUUAAUCAAUCGCGAUUGUACAACCAAUUACCGGGUUUAUCGUCUAAUUUAAGACCACUUGGGCACGACGCGGACUAUAAAUAGAAGGUGAAGUGUCCAAAUAAUAAGUAGACAGCACUCGAAGUAAACUCAAUCGCUAUCGUAUUGCACGGUGUAGUGUUAAAGUUACAAUUAGUUCACGUUAAAAACACACACAGAGAUAUACUAAACCUACACGGAAGUCUACUAUAUUGAAAGCUAAGGUCACAAAACCAUGAAGUUGUUUCUGGUCGAUUUGGUGGCGUUCUGAGCGCGACUGCUGUGGCGCUAGGAUAGCGCCCAGAACCAAAAGCUUUGAAGCUUUUCCCCUUAACCAAAAAUAUGAUGCAGCACUCUAGCUUACGUCUGGCCAUUGGUGGUCUUAUACUCCUCCUCUUUGUGCUUCAUGUUCUUAGCAAGGAGCAUGGUUCGCAUUCCCACAAACGUAGCCGUUCGGCAAAGAGAUUCUCCCGGGACUCGAAUUCGGCCCGUGAGCGGCGACCAAAUAUAAUUCUCAUUUUGACUGAUGACCAGGAUGCGGAACUGGGCUCCCUGAACUUCAUGCCGCGCACAUUGCGAAUCCUUAGAGAUGGCGGUGCUGAGUUCAGGCAUGCCUACACCACCACACCCAUGUGCUGUCCGGCGAGAUCCUCGUUGCUCACCGGGAUGUAUGUCCACAACCAUAUGGUGUUCACAAACAACGACAACUGCUCCAGUCCCCAGUGGCAGGCUACUCACGAGACGCGCUCCUAUGCCACGUAUCUCUCAAAUGCCGGCUACCGCACUGGUUAUUUCGGAAAGUAUCUGAACAAGUACAAUGGCUCCUACAUCCCACCUGGCUGGCGGGAGUGGGGUGGACUGAUCAUGAACUCCAAGUAUUACAACUACAGUAUCAACCUAAAUGGACAGAAGAUUAAGCAUGGCUUCGACUACGCCAAGGAUUACUAUCCCGAUCUGAUAGCCAAUGACUCCAUAGCAUUUCUGCGCUCCUCUAAGCAGCAGAACCAAAGGAAGCCUGUCCUACUUACCAUGAGUUUUCCGGCACCGCACGGUCCAGAGGAUUCGGCUCCACAGUACAGUCAUCUGUUCUUCAAUGUGACAACCCAUCACACUCCUUCAUACGAUCAUGCCCCAAAUCCGGACAAGCAGUGGAUCCUGCGCGUCACCGAACCCAUGCAGCCUGUCCACAAGCGUUUUACCAAUCUGCUGAUGACGAAGCGCCUACAGACCCUCCAAAGUGUCGACGUGGCUGUAGAGAGAGUUUACAACGAGCUGAAGGAACUGGGAGAGCUGGAUAAUACGUACAUAGUGUACACCUCGGACCACGGCUAUCAUUUGGGUCAGUUUGGCUUGAUCAAGGGAAAGAGUUUUCCCUUUGAGUUCGAUGUGCGAGUGCCAUUCCUCAUUCGAGGUCCAGGGAUUCAGGCCUCCAAAGUAGUCAAUGAAAUUGUGUUGAAUGUGGAUCUAGCACCCACUUUCCUGGACAUGGGUGGCGUACCAACGCCGCAGCAAAUGGAUGGACGCAGCAUACUGCCCCUGCUGUUGAGCAGGAACCGCGCUGUGCGAGACAACUGGCCAGAUAGCUUCCUUAUUGAGAGUUCUGGCAGAAGGGAGACUGCUGACCAGAUAGCCGAGUCACGAGCUCGUCUCCGAAUCGAGCGACGAAACAUGAAGCUGGUUAACAGUACGUUGCUUGAGGAUUUCCUUGAUGGAGAAGAGGAGAGUACCACCACCAUUUCGAGCAGCAGCAGCACUGCCGCCACAUUAAUGAGUUCAACUAUGCAGCAACAUGAGGAUGCAGAGGAGGAAGUGGAUACAGACAACGAAGAGGAUGAUGGAGAUGGUGAUGGUGCCAUGGACAGUUCGGCAGCUGCUUUGGAAGAGGAUGAUCUCGAGGAUGCUGCCGUUGAGGAGGGCGAUGAGGAGAUGGUCGAUCAAGAUUUUCACCAAGACAACGAUCUUCCUUUGGCUCCCUACAUUACGAAGAUGAUGCGCCUUAACUCCGAGUGCUCUGACCCAGCCCUGCUCAAGAACUGUCUUCCUGGACAGAAAUGGAAGUGCGUCAAUGAGGAAGGACGUUGGCGCAAGCACAAGUGCAAGUUCCAUCUCCAGUUGGAACAUCAGUUGGCUGCAAUGCCCCGGAAGCAGUAUCAACGCAACUGCGCCUGCUUCACCCCAGACGGAGUCGUCUACACAAAAAUCCGAGCCCCUUCCGCCGGAUUGCAUCGCGUUAACAAGCGCACUCAUCAAGGCCAUGGACGGCGGCGCAACAAGCGAGAGGUGUUCCACACAGAGUUACCUGAUGAAAUGGAGGAACUGCUGGAUCUCCACCAGGUUGUCGAUCAACUAGUUGACCACACACAUCGAAGCAAGCGAGAUUUGGCUGGAAGUAGCAAUGAGACGAUUGCUCAAGUCAUCCAGCAAAUACAGACCACUUUGGAGAUCUUAGAGAUGAAGUUCAAUGAGCACGAACUACACGGUUCCAACUCUAGUAGUAAUCCCUUUGAAAUGGGCGAAAAGUAUCACAAGUCUGGCGGUCAUCGCUGUUUUGUGGAUGCAUCCACGGGCAAAGUGAACUGCUCAAAUGUUAUUUAUGACGAUGAGAAGACUUGGCGUACUUCCCGAACCCAAAUCGAUAUGCUGAUCAAACUUUUGAAGGAUAAGAUUGGCAAGCUGAAGGAGAUGAAGAAACAGCUGAGGGAGAGCAACAAGCUGGCCGCUGGUCGAAGGAACGAUAACCGUCGGCGAAAUGAGAACACUGUACUGGACAAUGGAGCUGGACCAGAGUUCAACAUGAGCUACUUCACCGAUCCUAGCAGCACGCCAAAAACCAGCAACAUUGGCCAGAAGGAAGUUUUCCGAGGAUAUGGAAGUGGUAAUACCUUCGAUUCCAUCGAACAACCGCAGACGCAUCGCUUUGCCCCGCGUGCCGAAUGCUAUUGUGAACCUGAUGUAGGCGAGAGCCAUGCUGACUCCAAGGAAAUGGCCAGAGAGGCGCGUAGGAAGCUGAAAGAGGAACGUCAGCGUAAGAAGGAGCGUAAGCGGAUCAAGAAGGCCCGCCUGGAGAAGGAGUGCCUGUCCGAGAAGAUGAACUGCUUUUCCCAUGACAAUCAGCAUUGGCGCACUGCCCCCUUGUGGAACGACAGUCCUUUUUGCUUCUGCAUGAACGCCAACAAUAAUACCUACUCCUGCCUAAGGACCAUCAACAGCACUCACAACUAUUUAUACUGCGAGUUUACCACUGGCCUGAUUACCUUCUAUAAUCUGACCAUUGAUCCCUUCGAAACGACAAAUCGCGCGGCAGGUCUAACGCCUGGUGAGAGAUCACACAUGCACGAUGCCCUACAUCAGUUGAAGGGCUGUCGAGGACGCAGCUGCAGCAUCCGGCGACAUCAGUCCCACCUGGAGAGUGGAGCCAAUGUUCCGCUACUACCCAUCAAUCAAGUGCACCGCAACAACAAACGAAAACACACUCCCCUCGCGGCAUCAGAGGGCAACUUGGCGUUUGUGGGCUCACGACUGGACAUAGACGGCAUGCCUCCGAUGAAGAGGCGAAAGCUAUCUAAAUAUAACAGAUUGACUGGCACGCAGCAGGCGCACACAAAGCGGCGUCCCUGGAAGCAGCAGCCUCUUCAGCAGACCCCCAGAUUCUUGCCUGUGCAUUCUGUGACCCCAGCCGCGGCUUAAGUAUCGAGCUGGAUCGAAUGACCACCACACAUAUCCUAUGCGUACCUUUUGUACCUUGCUUGCCUGCUCCUGCUCUUUUGGUUUGCCCAUUUGGAUUCUUUCAUACAUAAAUAAGACUGUGUUUUUAAUCUAUCUACUUAUGUUUAGAUUCGUUUAAUCAAACUGUGUGUAGUCCAGUCCUUGCUACAUUUCGCUUGCAAUAUUUAUAGUUAGAGCUAAACGUUUGUAUUAGCUCUUAGGCCACCUAAUUUGUACAUAAAUUUACUACCGAAAUUCUACGUAAACUAAAUAAAUUAUUUAGCAAAUUGGUUAAAAGUUAAAUUAGUUUACUAUACGUAGAAAAGAGUUUUAUUAAUUCUAGCAAAUCCAAAUGAAAUUGUAUUUAUUGGCCAAUGCUAAAGUAACAAUGUUAAUCUGUAUUAGAGAACUAAAAAAACAUAUUUAUGCCGAACUAGAUACGUUUUAAUUGUUAAGUACCCCACCCGAGAAUUCCCAAAGACGUUAUGUAGCAGCCCCGCUUAAGAAAACGAACAAAUAUAUUGUAUCUGCCACGUUA